AUGCUAGCACUUGGUGGACCAAGGGUAACCCCGAAACGUAAUGGUCAUGGUGCAUAUUUUGCUGAUGAUCCUAAAAAAUCUCAUAUAUAUGCGAUUCCUGAUUCAACAGAUGGAACACGUGUUAUGUAUUAUAGUAAAGUCUUAUUAGGUAUUGAAUCGAAACAAACAAUAACUGAUUCAAAAUUAGUAGCGGCUCCAGUUAAAUUUCAUUCUGUUGUUGGAACAUUAAAUGGAUUUACAGAAUAUAUUGUUUAUCGCUAUGGUCAAGCCUUGCCAUACAUGAAAAUUCUGUAUACGGCUUGA